UCCUUAAUCCAAAAAGUUAACGUUUUUCUUCUUUUUCACUUCUCUGUGACGAGGUUGAAAUUUGAGAGCAGCGGCAGCGGUUCGGCGUCUCGUCUCUGCCUUCAAGGAAAUCUUCUUCCUUCAUCAUCGCGUUGCAUUUCUCCCUCGCUCGUCUAUUUGGAAGAGAGAGAGAGAGAGAGAGAGAGAGAGAGAGAGAGAGAGAGAGAGAGAGAGAGAGAGAGAGAGAGAGAGAGAGAGAGAGAGAGGAAUAGGUGAAAAAAUCAGAGUGAGCCAGGAAAUUGAGAAAAAUUUAGAGGCUGAAAAGAGUGAAGAGGAGAAAUCAAGGGGUUUUAGAGAUUCUAGAAUCAGAGAAUUAAGAGUGACCUUUAAAAGAGUCUGGAACAGAGAAAAAUCAAAAGCAGGAAGAAAGGAAGAAGACUUCUCAAAGUUAUUCACAGCAAAAGGGAGCUCUGAUUAUUUUUAGGUAAGGAUUCUGAUAGUUAUUAAUUCUGUAAUCAGUCAAAUACUUCCAUGUCUCCCAUGUCGUCAGGAAAAGACGCGGAUCCCUCUCUCGGCUACUUGACCCGAAAAGAAGAAGUUAAGCUGCCUCGUCCCACUCGGGUCAAGAACAAAACCCCAGCCCCUGUGCAAAUCACUGCUGAGCAGAUCCUCCGGGAGGCACGCGAGCGGCAGGAGGCAGAAAUCCGUCCUCCGAAGCAGAAGAUCACUGAUUCUACCGAGCUUGCUGAUUACCGGCUCCGGAAGCGAAAAGGGUUUGAGGACCAUAUCCGUCGCGCACGGUGGAGCACUAGCGUCUGGGUCAAGUACGCACAAUGGGAGGAGUCGCGGAAAGAUUUCAACCGCGCGCGUUCCGUCUGGGAGCGAGCCCUGGAGGUGGACUACCGAAACCAUAUCCUCUGGCUCAAGUACGCGGAGGUGGAGAUGAGGAACAAGUUCAUAAACCACGCUAGGAGUUGGGACAGGGCAGUAACAUUGCUUCCCAGAGUGGACCAGCUAUGGUACAAGUACAUACACAUGGAGGAGUUGCUGGGCAAUGUGGCUGGCGCAAGGCAGAUUUUCGAACGGUGGAUGAGUUGGUCCCCAGACCAACAAGGUUGGCUGUCGUACAUUAAGUUCGAGCUUCGCUACAACGAGGUGGAUCGUGCCAGAGGUAUUUUCGAGCGGUUCAUACAAUGCCAUCCCAAGAUUUCUGCAUGGGUGCGGUAUGCUAAGUUCGAGAUGAAGAACGGAGAGGUGGCCCGUGCAAGGAGUGUGUACGAACGUGCUGUGGAGAAGCUGGCAGAGGACGAGGAGGCAGAACAGUUGUUUGUGGGGUUCGCUGAAUUCGAGGAGAGGUGCAAGGAGGUUGAGAGGGCUAGGUGCAUUUACAAGUUUGCUUUGGAUCACAUUCCCAAAGGGAGAGCAGAGGAUCUGUAUAUGAAGUUUGUGACUUUCGAGAAGCAGUAUGGGGAUAAGGAGGGGAUUGAGGGCGCCAUUGAGGGUAAGAGGAGGUUUCAGUACGAGGACGAGGUGAGGAAGAAUCCUUUGAAUUAUGAUUCUUGGUUUGAUUAUAUUAGGUUGGAAGAAAGUGUGGGGGAUAAGGAAAGGAUCAGAGAAGUUUAUGAGAGGGCCAUUUCUAAUGUACCGCCUGCUGAGGAGAAGCAUUACUGGCAGAGAUAUAUUUACUUGUAGAUUAAUUACGCACUAUAUGAAGAGCUUGAUGCAGAAGAUGUGGAGCGCACAAGAGAUGUUUACAGGUAUCUAACUUAACUGAGAGUGUUUGUC